ACGUGUACGUAGGGGCCGGCCGGAAGACUAAGGCUGGAGCUGACGCGGCCGGGUUUGGCCGGGCCGGGCUAGGCGAUGGCGGCUGUGGAGCGGGACGGGGAUCAGCUGUCCACGCGGCCAGCCCUAGAGACCGAGGGGCUGCGCUUCCUUCACGUCACGGUGGGCUCCCUGCUGGCUACCUAUGGCUGGUACAUCGUCUUUAGCUGCAUUCUUCUCUACGUGGUCUUUCAGAAGCUCUUCACCCGGCUGAGGGCCUUGAGGCAGAGGCAGCUGGAUCGAGCUGCCGCUGCUCUGGAACCUGAUAUUGUUGUUAAACGACAGGAGGCUUUAGCAGCUGCUCGUUUGAAAAUGCAAGAUGAAUUAAAUGCACAAGUUGAAAAGCAUAAGGAGAAACUAAGACAGCUUGAAGAAGAGAAAAGGAGACAGAAGAUUGAAAUGUGGGAUAGCAUGCGAGAAGGAAAAAGUUACAAAGGAAAUACAAGAAAGCCUCAGGAAGAAGACAGUCCUGGGCCUUCUACUUCAUCAGUCAUCCCAAAACGAAAAUCUGACGGAAAGCCCUUGCGGCGAGGAGGUUACAACCCUUUGUCUGGUGAAGGAGGUGGAGCCUGCUCCUGGAGACCUGGACGCAGAGGUCCAUCGUCUGGUGGAUGAGGCUAAGAAUCUCGUUAGUGUUGCUUUUGACACUAGCAAGAUGAAUCCUUAACCCUCGACUCAAUUGCCUUAUGCAAGCUUUUCACAGUGACUACCCAGGGGGAGGGGGCUUUCUUUCUGUUCUUAACUGCAUCUGUGUCUUCAAGGGUUGAAGGCAGCAUAUAGAGCAUGGACGUGGCCACUAGGCAGUAGUUGCAGUUGGUCACACUGCACUGAAGCCAGUGACUGUGUUCACUGAUUUCAUGGGUCAUUGCUAGUUGAUAGCUAAAGGCCUCCAAGUGAUUGGCGAUCUUGAUAAAAGAGACCUGGCAAUGAUCCUUCAAGUUAACAGGUCCUUGCUGGUAGGACAGUCUCUGUGACAGGUUGCGUUGAAUGAUGUCUUCCUUGUAAAUGGUGAGCCCACCAGCGAGGAUUACUGAUGCAGAGAGUUGAUGGGGUUGUUUCUGUAUAUUUAUUUUUAUGUACAGAGCUUUGUUAAAAAAAAAAAAAAAAAGAAACUAUAAAAAAAAUUUGCAAGGAACAUUUUCAGCAUCUUUAUCAAAUUUAAGGAAAUUUCAUUAUGAACUUGAAUUUGUCUAUCUAAUAUUACACAGCUUUUUAUUAUUCAUAACCUCCCACUAAUAUUAUUUUCCCUUCUCAUUAUUCCUCACCUGCAAUGAGCAUGGCAAGUGGCAGAUAGCUGUAGUGAUUUUCAGAGUUGGCAGGCUCCUUGGGGUUUAUCCACAAAAUCAGGCACUUGGAGUUGUUUCUGAAUUAAGAGGAUAAAGAAACAUCUUGCCUAGAGGUACCUCAGGGGCCAAUGAGGUUUCUGGGAGCCCUUUGGGUCAUCCCUCUUGCACUCAUUUCUUAUGUACUUGUCUAGAACUUUGGUCAAGUAUGCUAUAAAGGGCCUGAUAGUAAAUAUUUUAGACUUUGCAGCUGCAUAGUCUUUAUAUUUUUACAUUUUUAAAGGAUUGUUAAAAACAUUUAAAAAUUCUUUAGCUCAUGGUUGGAUUUGUCCUGCCUGCUAUAGUUUGCUGAUCCCUGCUUCACAUCAAGAUUUUAAGAAGGAACAAAAUUAACCUGCAGAAUAGUGAUGAUUAGCUGGGAAAGUAUUCCAGAAAUGUCUCAUAUAAAUUAAUCAACAUAUGUUGAGUAUGUGAAAUAUUCUGUAGUUGUCUCUUGACAUAUAUAAAGGAAAAAUAUAGUUUGGUCUUAGGGGGCUUAAAAUCUCCUGGGGAGGGCUGGAGGGAGUGAAAACAGGAUUUUGAAGACAGUGUGAUUGCAAACAAAUGGGCUGGAGUAGUCAAAAUCAAGUAUUUGAGUCUGGAGACAUUUGAGUGAAAUUUUGAGUGGAGGAAUGUGGGAGUUCCUGGCAGAAGAGAGGGUCAUUGAAAACCAGGGUGGGUCUCCUGAGGUUUAGGAAAGCCCUUGAACCUUUAUCUGAGUUACCAGUUUUUACCCAGAUUGGCUUUCCACCAGCAUGGAAGACUCACAACAUGGGAAGUUUUAGACUUAGGUUAAAAUAUUCCACCCAUGUUUGUUAUUUACAUAUAGAGAGAUUCCUGUAGGUUUUAAAGGAACUUUUAAAGAAUUCUUCCUUUAAUGUAUUUUCUGUAGCUGAAAACUUGUGUUAAGCAGCUCUCAACUAUUCAUUUUAGAAGUAGAAGGGCAUGGUUCAGUACACUAUUAGCUGUGACUUUUCCCUCAAACCUCAUUUUGUUCCCAUAAAUUUAGGAAUUAUCAAGUCAGGGACACAUAGGAAGAAACAAUGACUUCUGUGUACCCACCUUGCAUCUGGCACCAUGAGGUGGUGGUGGAGGGGGUGGUGCAAUGUGGAGAAUUGAUUGGGAGAUAAUAAAGGGGAGAAGGAAACUAAUUUGUGUAAUAGUUAGCAUUUGAAGAGCACUUGCUGUGUGCCAGGCACAUACAUUUAUAGUUAAUCCUCACUACAAUCCUGUGAGGUAGGUACUUCUAGUUAACCUUGGUUUUCAGAAACUGAAGCUUAGAGGGUCACCUGGUCCAAGGCGCUGAUCACUAUAGUCUACUUUGUCCUUGUGUUCCUAAUAGCCAAGGGCCAUAGAUAACCAAGAUGGGAGCUUGAUCUGGCUAAUGAAACAGUUAUCAUGUGGAAUAGUGAAUACUUGGGUGAAAAUUGUGUGCUACAAGUCUAGGGCAGUAAGCAUUUCAGAAGGGUGGACCAGAAGAGGUAGGAAAUAUCUCUUGCCAGAAGAGAUAGGUCCUGUGCUGAUAUUGAAAGAAUGAGGAAGUGGGGCCAGAACGUGAGGCCCAUGGGGAAGAAGGGAUGGGUCAGAGCCGUGUCAGACCGGCAGAACACUGCCUUAUGCCUCAAUGGAGGGGCUGCAGCUGAGAUCACAGCAUGAACCCAGUAUAGACUGCCAGCAGCUUGAAACUGAUGCAGUAGACACUUGAGAGCUAUUAAGGUUUAAAUGAUGAAUGCGUUACCCAGUCUACCCUGGUCAUGGAGCAACAUUAGUAAAUGUGGGGCAAAAUAUGCACAGACCUUCAGCUGAAACUUUCUGGUGGCUAGCAUUGUGUCCUUGGCCAAAUGCACCUGCCUCUGCAGGAGGAGAAAGGAACUAUUCCCUCCUUCUCAAGGACCACUCUUCCCUCGCUUCCUUCUCUCCACCAUGCCAUCAAGUCUUUCUCAUAAGAACAAAGCCAUAUCACAUACCCAAAGCCCUGGUUCCCUCUGGUGCUCUAGAGUGAGCUUUGAGUUGUCUCCACUCAUCAGGAACAGAUUAAUGCUGCUUAAUGCUAAAGAUGCUAUUCCUGGAUCAUUCUCUUUCAUGCCCCAGUGGAGUUUUUGGUCUUGUCUUAUUUGACCUGCCAGCACUUGACCCUCCUUGCAGCACUCCCUUCUCUUGCCUUCCAUAACACCACACUCUCUGGGUCUUUACUCCCAAGACAGCCCACACCUCUCUCCUGUGCGUACCCUGCCCAGGGCUCCUAGUCUUCUUGAACAAGUUCCUGUAUUCUCUCUCCAAUUUCUCUUCUUCCAUUUGCUGUUAUAUGUUCCACAAAAGUUCUUCUUAAGUUGAUGUGUCUGAUGAUUCUUGGCACUCAUCAUUUGCAGUAAUUGAGCACUCCUUGAAAAAUACUAUUCUCUUGACUUCUGGGACUCUGCACUUGUCUGGUUUUCUCCUGCCUUUCUGAUCAGUCUCUUGCUGCUUUUCCUGAUCUUCCUGACCUCUGAAUGCUGAAGUUAAAGAAAGUUACAAAAGGAGUUAGAAAAGGCAAAAAGGUGUAAGCAUCACUGUAAUGCCACUCGAUGUGAGUGGCAUUGGAGAAACCACAAAUGUAUGAUGUCGUGAUUAGGCAUAUUGGUAUAUGCAGCUUGAAGUAAAAUGUCAGCAUAUUGUACCCCAAUUCAAAUACUGUAUCUCAAAAGAACUUAGAUAGAAAAUGAUGCUGUGCUCUGGGAAACUGAAAACUCAGAGUCAGUCUGGUGAUGAAGAAGAUGCUGUAAACAGUGCAGACACGUGCCCUGCCCUCGUGGACCAUGCGAUGCAUCCACAGUGGGCGGGGGGGGGGGAAGAUGAGCAUCACACAGUUACAAAAAUAAAUGACUGGAGAUAGCAAAGCAUGGCAGAGUAGAAAGACGUGAGCUCACCCCUUCUUAACACUGAAAUCACAACUAACUGCUGAACAACCAUCAACAAAAAAAGAUGCUGGAACCUACCAAAAAAAGAUACCCUAUACUCAAAGACAAAGAAGCAGCCACAAUGAGAUGGUAGGAGGGGCACAGUCGCAAUAAAAUCAAAUCCCAUACCCACCAGGUGAACAACCCACAAGUUGGAAAAUAAUUAGAACACAGAAGUUCUCCCACAGGAGUGAAAGUCCUGAACCCCACUAACUUGGGGGUCUGGCAAUGGGAGGAGGAACCCCAGAGAGUCUGACUUUUGAAGGUCAGUGGGGUGUGAUCUCAGGAAUUCCAUAGGACUGGGGGAAACAAACUCCACUCUUGGAGGGCACACACAAGGUUUAGUGCACACCUGGACCUAGGGAAAAAAGCAGUGACUGCUUAAGAGACUGGGCUAGACCUACCUGAUAGUAUUGGAGGGUCUCCAGCAGAGGUAGGGAGCGGCUGUGGCUGUGGGGACAAAGACAUGAUCAGUGGCAGCUCUGGUGAGAACUCAUUGGUGUGAAUCCUCCAGGAGGCUGCCAUUCACCCCCACAAGACCUAGCCCCACCCAACAGUCUCCAGGCUCCUCAAGCCAAACAACCAACAGGGCGGGAGCACAGCCCCAUCCAUCAGGAGACUGCUUAAAGUCUUUCUGAGCAUAGCCCUGCCCACCAAAGGGACAAGACCCAGCUCCACCCACCAUAGGGCAGGAACCAGGCCCUCACACCAGGAACCCUGCACAAGCCCUCUUAGACAGCCUGCCUCAUCCACCAGAGGGCAGACAGCAGAAUCAAGUAGAAUUGCAAGCCUGUAGAUCAGAAACCACAAUCACAGAAAUUUAGACAAGAUGAGAUGGCAGAGGAAUAUGUCCCAGGUGAAGGAACAAGAUAAAACCCCAGAAGAACAACUAAGUGAAGUGGAGACAGGCAAUCUACCAGAAAGAGAAUUCAGAGUAAUGAUAGUGAAGAUGAUCCAAGGUCUCGGAAGAAGAAUUGGAGGCACAGAUUGAGAAGAUACAAGAAAUGUUCAACAAAGACCUAGAAGAAAUAAAGAACAAACAGGUGAACAAUACAAUAACUGAAGUAAAAACUACACUAGAAGGAAUCAAUAGCAGAGUAACUGAGGCAUUAAGAAUGGAUAAGUGACCUGGAAGACAGAAUAGUGGAAAUCACUGCCAUGGAACAGAAUAAAGAAAAAAGAAAAAAAGAAUGAAAAGAAAGACAGUCUAAGAGACCUCUGGGACAACGUUAAAGACACCAACUAUUGCAUUUUAGGGGUCCCAGUAGGAGAAGAGAGAGAGAAAGGACCUGAGAAAAUAUUUGAAGAGAUAAUAGCUGAAAACUUCCCUAACACUGGAAGGGAUAUGGUUGCCCAAGUCCAGGAAGCACAGAGAGUCCCAGGUAAGAUAAACCCAACGAGGAACAUGCUGAGACACAUGGUAAUCAAGUUGAUAAAAAAUAAAGACAAAAAAAUAUGAAAAGCAACAAUUAACAUGCAAGGGAACUCCCGUAAGGUUAUCAGCUGAUUUCUCAGCAGAAACUCUGCAGGCCAGAAGGGAGUGGCAUGAUAUAUUUAAAGAGAUGGAAGAAGUUACAACCAAGAAAACUCUACCCAGCAAGGCUCUCAGAUUCCAUGGAAAAAUCAAAAGCUUUACAGACAAGCAAAAGCUAAGAGAAUUCAGCAUCACCAGACCAGGUUUGCAACGAAUGCUAAAGGAAUUUCUCUAAGCGGAAAAGAAAAGGCCACUACUAGAAACAAAAUUACAAAUGGAAAAGUUCACAAGUAAAGGCAAACAUAAAGUAAAUGUAGGAAAUCAUCUGCACAUAAAUAUCAAAACCAGCAAUUGUGAGAAGAGGAGAGCACAAAUGCAGGAUAUUGGAAAUGUGCUUGAAAUUAAAAGACCAGCAACUUAAAACAAUCUUGUUUAUAUAUAGACUGCUAUAUCAAACCCUCAUGGUAACUGCAAACCAAAAAACUACAAUAGAUACACACACACACACACACACACACACAAGAAUCCAAACACAACACCAAAGUUAGUCAUCAAAUCACAAGAGAAUAGAACAAAAGAGGAAAGGAAGAUAAAAGACCUACAAAACCAAAUCCAAAACAAGAAAAUGAAAAUAGGAACAUACUUAUUGAUAACUACCUUAAAUGUAAAUGGAUUAAGGGCUCCAGCCAAAAGACACAGACUGGCUGAAUGGAUACAAAAAUAAGACCCAUAUAUAUGCUAUCUACAAGAGACACACUUCAGAUCAAGGGACACAUACAGACAAAGUGAGGGGAUGGAAAAAGGUAUUCCAUGCAAAUGGAAACCAAGAGAAAGCUGGAGUGGCCAUAUCGUAUCAGAUAAAAUAGACUUUAUUUUUUUUAAUAAAUGUUUAAAUUUAUUUAUUUUUUAAUUUUUGGCUGUGUUGGGUCUUUGUUGCUGUGCGCAGGCUUUCCCUAGUUGUGGAGAGCAGGGGCUACUCUUUGUUGCGGUGUGUGGGCCUCUCAUGAUGCCGUCUCCCGUUGUGGAGCACAGACUCCAGGCACGCGGGCUUCAGUAGUUGUGGCUCAUGGGCUCCAGAGCACAGGCUCAGUAGUUGUGGUGCAUGGGCUUAGUUGCUCCAUGGCAUGUGGGAUCCUCCCAGACCAAGGCUUGACCCAUGUCCCCUGGAUCCUGAACCACUGCACCACCAGGGAAGUCCCAACAAAAUAGACUUUAAAAUAGACUGUUAAAAGAAGUAAGGAAGGAUGCUACAUAAUGAUCAAAGAGUCAAACCAAGAAGAAGAUAUAUCAAUUGUAAAUAUAUAUGCAUCCAACAUAAGAGGACCCCAAUAUAUAAGGCAAAUACUAACAGCCAUAAAGGGAGAAAUGGACAGUAACAAAAUAAUAGUGGGGACUUUCAACACCCCACUUUCAUCAAUGGACAGAUCAUCCAGACAGAAGGUCAAUAAGGAAACACAGGCCUUAAAUGACACAUUAGACCAGAUAGACUUAAUUGAUAUUUAUAGAGCAUUCCAUCCAAAAGCAGCAGAAUACACAUUCUUCUCAAGUGCACACGGAACAUUCUCCAGGAUUGACCACAUGCUGGGCACAAAGUGAGCCUCAGUAAAUUUAAGAAAAUUGAAAUCAUAUCAAGCAUCUUUUCCAACCACAAUGCUAUGAGGUUAGAAAUCAGCUACAAGAAAAAAACUAUAAAAAACACAAACACAUGGAGCCUAAACAAUAUCCUACUAAACAACCAAUGGAUCACUGAAGAAAUCAGAGGAAAUCAAAAAAUACCUAGAGACAUGAAAAUGAAAGCACAACAAUCCAAAACCUAUGGGAUGCGGCAAAAGCAGUUCUAAGAGGGAAGUUUAUAGCAAUAAAAUCUUACCUCAGGAAACAAGAAAAAUCACAAAUAACCUUAUACCUCAAGCAACUAGAGAAAGAACAAACAAAACCCUAAGUUAGUAGAAGGAAAGAAAGCAUAAAGAUCAGAGUAGAAAUAGAUGGGCUUCCCUGGUGGCGCAGUGGUUGAGAGGUCCCCUGCUGGUGCAGGGGACACGGGUUCGUGCCCCGGUCCGGGAAGAUCCCACAUGCCGCGGAGCGGCUGGGCCCGUGAGCCAUGGCCGCUGAGCCUGCGCGUCCGGAGCCUGUGCUCCACAACGGGAGAGGCCACAACAGUGAGAGGCCCGUGUACCGCAAAAAAUAAAUAAAUAAAAAUAAAUGAAAUAAAAAUGAAGAAAACAGUAGAAAAGAUCAAUGAAACUAAAAGCUGGUUCUUUGUUUUUUGGGUUUUUUUUUGUUUUGUUUAAUACAUCUUUAUUGGAGUAUAAUUGCUGCACAAUGCUGUGUUAGUUUCUGUUGUACAACAAAGUGAAUACAUAUAUCCCCAUAUCCCUCCCUCUUGAAUCUCCCUCCCACCCUCCCUAUCCCACCCCUCUAGGUUGUCACAAAGUACCGAGCUGAUCUCCCAGUGCUAUGCUGCUGCAUCCCACUAGCUAGCUAUUUUACAUUUGGUAGUGUAUAUAUGUGGAUGCUACUCUCACUUCACCCCAGGUUCCCCCUCCCCACCCCGUGUCCUCAAGUCCAUUCUCUACAUCUAUGUCUUUAUUCCUGCCCUGCCACUAAGUUCAUCAGUACCUUUUUUGUUUUUCUUUCUUAGAUUCCAUAUAUAUGCAUUAGCCUAUGGUAAUUGUUUUUACCUUUCUUACUUCACUCUGUAUGACAGACUCUAGGUACAUCCACCUCACUACGAACUCAAUUUCAUUUCUUUUUAUGGCUGAGUAAUAUUCCAUUGUAUAUAUGUGCCACAUCUUUAUCCAUUCAUCUGUCAAUGGACAUUUAGGUUGUUUCUAUAUCCUGGCUAUUGUAAAUAGUGCUGCAAUGAACAUUGUAGCACAUCUGUCUUUUUGAAUUAUGUUUUUCUUAGGGUACAUGCCCAGUAGUGGGAUUGCUGGGUCAUAUGGUAGUUCUAUUUUUAUUCUUUUAAGGAACCUCUAUACUGUUCUCCAUAGUGGUUGUAUCAAUUUACAUUCCCACCAACAAGCAGGAGGGUUCCCUUUUCCCCACACCCUUUCCAGCAAUUAUUAUUCCUAGAUUUUUUGAUAAUGGCCAUUCUGACCCAUGUGAGGUAAUACCUCAUUGUAGUUUUGAUUUGCAUUUCUCUAAUAAUUAGUAAUGUUGAGCAUCUUUUCAUGUGUUUGUUGGCCAUCUGUAUGUCUUCUUUGGUGAAAUGUCUGCUUAGGUCUUCCACCCAUUUCUUAAUCGGAUUGUUUGUUUUUUUGAUAUUGAGCUCCAUGAACUGUUUGUAUAUUUUGGAGAUUAAUCCUUUGUUGUUUCAUGUACAAAUAUUUUCUCCCAUUCUGAGUGUUGUCUUUUCAUCUUGUUUAUGGUUUCCUUUGCUCUGCAAAAGCUUUUCAGUUUAAUUAGGUCCCAUUUGUUUAUUUUUGUUUUUAUUUUUAUUAGGAGGUGGGUCAAAAAAGAUCUUGCUGUGGUUUAUGUCAAAGAGUGUUUUUCCUAUGUUUUCCUCUAAGAGUUUUAUAGUGUCUGGUCUUACAUUUAGGUCUUUAAUCCAUUUUGAGUUUACUUUUGUGUAUGGUGUUAAGUAGUGUUCUACUAGUUUUCUGGUGGCAUCUUUAGGAUUUUCUAUGUAUAGUAUCAUGUCAUCUGAAAAUAGUGACAGUUUUACUUCUUUUCCAAUUUGUAUUCCUUUUGUUUCUUUCUCUUCUCGGAUUGCUGUGGCUAGGACUUUCAAAACUAUGUUGAAUAAGAGUGGCAAGAGUGGACGUCCUUGUCUUGUUCCUGAUCUUAGUGGAAAUGCUUUCAGUUUUUCACCAUUGAGAAUGAUGUUUGCUGUGGGUUUGUCAUAUAUGGCCUUUAUUAUGUUGAGGUAGGUUCCCUCUAUGCCCAUUUUCUGGAGAAUUUUUAUCAUAAAUGGGUGUUGAAUUUUAUCAAAAACUUUUUCUGCAUCUAUUGAGAUGAUCAUAUGGUUUUUAUUCCUUAAUUUGUUAAUAUGGUGUGUCACAUUGAUUGAUUUGCAUAUAUUGAAGAAUCCUUGCAUCCCUGGGAUAAAUCCCACUUAGUCAUGGCGUAUGAUCCUUUUAAUAUGUUGUUGGAUUCCGUUUGCUUGUAUUUUGUUGAGGAUUUUUGCAUCUAUGUUCAUCAGUGAUAUUGGUCUAUAAUUUUCUUUUUUUGUGAUAUCUUUUUCUUGUUUUGCUAUCAGGGUGAUGGUGGCUUCGUACAAUGAACUUGGGAGUGUCCCUCCCUCUGCGAUUUUUUGGAAGAGUUUGAGAAGGAUAGGUGUUAGCUCUUCUCUAAAUGUUUGAUAGAAUUCGCCUGUGAAGCCGUGUGGUCCUGGACUUCUGUUUGUUGGAGGCUUUUUAAUUACACUUUCAGUUUCAUUCGUUGUGAUAGGUCUGUUUAUAUUUUCUAAUUCUUCCUGGUUCAGUCUUGGAAAAUUGUACCUUUCCAACAAUUUGUCCAUUUCUUUGUGGUUGGCAAUUUUAUUGGCAUAUAGUUGUUUGUAGUAGUCUCUUAUAAUCCUUCGUAUUUCUGUGGUGUCAGUUGUGAUUUCUCCUCUUUCAUUUCUAAUUUAAUUGAUUUGUAUCCUCUCUCUUUUUUUUGGUGGGGGGGUACAUGGGCCUCUCACUGUUGUGGCCUCUCCCGCCGCGGAGCACAGGCUCCGGACGCGCAGGCUCAGCGGCCAUGGCUCACAGACGUAGCCGCUCCGUGGCAUGUGGGAUCUUCCCGGACCGGGGCACGAACCCAUGUCCCCUGCAUUGGCAGGUGGACUCUCAACCACUGCACCACCAGGGAAGCCCCUCUCUCUUUUUUUCUUGAUGAGUCUGGCUUAGGCUUUAUCAAUUUUUUUAUCUUCUCAAAGAACCAGCUUUUAGGUUUAUUGAUCUUUGCUAUUGUUUUCCUCAUUUAUAUUUCAUUUAUUUCUGCUCUGAUCUUUAUGAUUUCUUUCCUUCUACUGACUUUGGGUUUUCUUUGUUCUUCCUCUAGUUGCUUUAGGUGUAGCAUUAGAUUGUUUAUUUGAGAUUUUUCUUGUUUCUUGAGGUGAGAUUGAAUUACUAUAAACUUCCCUCUUAGAACUGCUUUUCCUUCAUCCCAUAGGUUUUGGGGUGUCGUGUUUUCAUUGUCAUUUGUCUCUAGGUAUUUUUUGAUUUCUUCAGUGACCUCUUGGUUAUUUAGUAGCAUAAUGUUUAGCCUCCAUGUAUUUGUGUUUUUUACAGUUUUUUUUCCUGUAAUUGAUUUCCAGUCUCAUAGCAUUGUGGUCAGAAAAGAUGCUUGAUAGGAUUUUAAUUUUCUUAAAUUUUCCAAGGCUUGAUUUGUGACCCAAGAUGUGAUCUAUCCUGGAGAAUGUUUUGGUGUGCACUUGAGAAGAAAGUGUAUUCUGACGCUUUUGGGUGGAAUGUUCUAUAAAUAGCAAUUAAAUCUAUCUGGUCUAUUGUGUCAUUUAAAGUUGGUUUUUCCUUAUUUAUUUCCUGUUUGGAUGGUCUGUCCGUUGGUGUAAUUGGGGUGUUAAAGCCCCCUACUAUUGUGUUACUGUUGAUUUCCCCUUUCAUGGUUGUUAGCAUUUGCCUUAUGUAUUGAGGUGCUCCUAUGUUGGGUGCAUAAAUAUUUGUAAUUGUUAUAUCUUCCUGGAUUGAUCCCUUGAUCAUUAUGUAGUUUCCUUAUCUCCUGUAACAGUCUUUAUUUUAAAGUCUAUUUUAUCUGAUACAAAUAUUGCUACUCCAGCUUUCUUUUGAUUUCCAUUUGCAUGGAAUAUCUUCUUCCAUCUCUUCACUUUCAGUCUGUAUGUGUCCCUAGGUCUGAAGUGGGUCUCUUGUAGACAGCAUAUACAUGGAUCUUGUUCUUGUAUCCAUUCAGCCAGUCUGUGUCUUUUGGUUGGGGCUUUUAAUACAUUCACAUUCAAGGUUAUUAUCAAUAUGCAUGUUCCUAUUACCUUUUUCUUAGUUGUUUUGGGUUUGUUAUUGUGGGUCUUUUCCUUCUUUUGUGUUUUCUGCCUAGAGAAGUUUCUUUAGCAUUUGUUGUAAAGCUGGUUUGGUGGUGCUGAAUUCUCUUCACUUUUGCUUGUCUGAAAAGCUUUUGAUUUCUCUGUUGAAUCUGAAUGAGAUCCUUGCUGGGUAGAGUAAUCUUGGUUGUAGGUUUUUCUCUUUCAUCACUUUAAGUAUAUCCUGCCACUCCCUUCUGGCCUGCAGAGUUUCUGCUGAACAAUCAGCUGAUACCUUUAUGGGGAUUCCUUUGUAUGUUAUUUUUUAUUUUUCCCUUGCUGCUUUUAGUAUUUUUUCUUUGAGUUUAGUUUUUGUUACUUUGAUUAGUAUGUGUCUUGGUGUUUUUCUCCUAGGGCUUAUCCCUCAGGACUGUCUGUACUUCCUGGAUUUUUGUGACUAUUUCCUUUCCCACUUUAGCGAAGUUUUUGACUAUAAUUUCUUCAAAUAUUUUCUCAGACCCUUUCUUUUUCUCUUCUUCUUCUGGGACACCUAUAAUUCGAAUGUUGGUGCGUUGUUGUCCCAGAGGUCUCUGAGGUUGUCUUCAGUUCUUUUCAUUCAUUUUUCUUUAUUCUGCUCCUCGGUAGUUAUUUCCACCUUUCUGUCUUCCAGCUCACUUAUUCGUUCUUCUGCCUCAGUUAUUCUGUUAUUGAUUCCUUCUAGUGUAUUUGUCAUUUCAGUUAUUGUGUUGUUCAUUUUGGUUUGUUCUUUAGUUCUUCUAUAUCUUUGUUAAACAUUUCUUGUAUUUUCUCAA